AUGUCCGUAGCACCUUAUGACAUGGGGGACAAACACACCAUUUUCUCCAACACGUGCUUUAUCGACUGCGGCAAAUCCACGGAAGAGGCGCGGAGUAAAGGAUGCGUAUACGAUAUCCUGGCCAACCAUUACGUGCAUAAGUCCUGCUACGAUGAUAUCAGUACGCAGUCCUAUAUGAACGAAGCGCGACCAUUUGUCCAUUGUGACGAAAUGUGGAAGAGGCAAUACCGCGCCUUUACGCAGAAUUGGCGGUAUAUCGAUGCUAUCACCGCCGACGAAGAACAUACAUACCAUUGUGCCAACUAUUUAGUGGCCAUGGCCGAUUGGACUGUGAUUGCUGGCCGUGAUUGGCGCCAAGAGGCGAACACGGUUGAAGUGGGCUUAGCGGGUUGUCACGACCGAGCACUCCCCAGAACCAGCAAUUAA